UGUCCAAGUUGUUGUUGUUGCGCGGCCGAGGAAAAACGGAAAAAUUGGAAACGCGGAUGAAAACAACGGUGAUUUUCGCCCGACGCUCGUGAUUUCGACCGCUUUUGAGUGAAGAAAAAACCCGCCUGUUUUUGUGCGUGCCAGUGUGUGUGUGUGCGCGCGUGUACGUGUUCGAUUUCAAGACGCGCCUCGCGAUUUCUGUGCUGCCUUGUGGCUCCUUGAAAAAUGUGGGCGAAACGUGAGCGAUAAAGGCCCGAUAGAGAAAAAAAAAGUGUAACUACGUGUCUGCCCCACAGACGCGGCCAAUGUCCGCCAGCUAGCCAAGUUAAGAGACAACCGACGAUCAAAACGAGCCAACGUUACGAUAUAUCGCAUAGAUAUAGCAUAGACCACCCCCUAUUUUCCCCCCCAAAUCACCCGAAAAGCCGGCAAAACGACGUCCAAGAAGAAGCAGACGCAGCCGACGCGGCCGAAGACGAGCAGCAUGUUCAAGUGCAUUCCCAUCUUCAAGGGCUGCAACCGGCAGGUGGAGUUCGUGGACAAGCGCCACUGCUCCCUGCCGCAGGUCCCCGAGGAGAUCCUGCGCUACUCCCGCACCCUGGAGGAGCUCUUCCUGGACGCCAACCACAUCCGGGACCUGCCCAAGAAUUUCUUCAGAUUGCAUCGCCUGAGAAAGCUGGGACUGAGUGACAAUGAAAUUGGCCGCCUGCCGCCGGAUAUACAAAACUUUGAAAAUCUCGUCGAGCUAGAUGUUUCACGCAAUGAUAUACCCGACAUUCCCGACGAUAUCAAGCAUCUGCAGAGCCUGCAGGUGGCCGACUUCAGCUCGAAUCCGAUACCCAAGCUGCCCUCGGGCUUCUCCCAGCUGAAGAACCUGACCGUCCUGGGCCUCAACGACAUGUCGCUCACCACAUUGCCAGCGGACUUUGGCAGCCUCACCCAGCUGGAGUCGCUGGAGCUGCGCGAGAUGCUCAAGUACCUGCCCGAGACAAUAAGCCAGCUGACGAAGCUGAAGCGCCUGGACCUGGGCGACAACGAGAUCGAGGAUCUGCCGCCCUACCUGGGCUAUCUGCGUCUGCACGAGCUCUGGCUGGACCAUAACCAGCUGCAGCGCCUGCCGCCGGAGUUGGGACUCCUGACCAAGCUGACCUACCUCGACGUGUCCGAGAAUCGGCGAGAGCUGCCCAACGAGAUCAGCGGCCUGGUCAGCCUGACGGACCUGGAUCUCGCCCAGAAUCUGCUCGAGGCCCUGCCCGAUGGCAUUGCCAAGCUGAGCAGACUGACCAUCCUGAAGUUGGACCAGAAUCGAUUGCAGCGGCUAAACGAUACGCUCGGAAACUGCGAGAACAUGCAGGAGCUGAUCCUCACCGAGAACUUCCUCUCCGAGCUGCCCGCCUCCAUUGGCCAGAUGACCAAGCUGAGCAACCUGAACGUGGAUCGCAAUGCGCUGGAGUACCUGCCCCUGGAGAUCGGCCAGUGUGCCAAUCUGGGGGUGCUCAGUCUGCGGGACAACAAGCUGAAGAAGCUGCCGCCGGAGCUGGGCAACUGCACGGUGCUCCAUGUGCUGGACGUGAGCGGGAACCAGUUGCUGUAUCUGCCCUACUCCCUGGUCAAUCUGCAGCUGAAGGCCGUCUGGCUGUCGGAGAAUCAGUCGCAACCACUGCUCACUUUCCAGCCGGACGUGGAUGCGGAAACCGGGGAGCAGGUGCUGUCCUGCUAUCUGCUGCCCCAGCAGGAGUACCAGCCAAUUACCCCAGCCCGUGACCUGGAAUCCGAUUCGGAGCCGUUCGAGGAGCGCGAGCCGUCGCGCACUGUGGUCAAGUUCUCCGAGGAGGCCAGCCAGGAGAAGGACACGCCCUUCGUGCGCCAGAACACGCCGCAUCCCAAGGAUCUCAAGGCCAAGGCGCAGAAGCUGAAGGUGGAGCGCAGCCGGAACGAGGAGCACGCCAACCUGGUCACGCUGCCCGAGGAGAACGGCACCAAAUUAGCCGAGACGCCAACCGAGACCCGAACCAUUGCCAACAAUCACCAACAGCAGGCGCAGCCAGUGCAGCAACCCACCGUUGGUGUAAACUCCAAGCAGCCAGUGGGUGUAGUAACUCCCACCACGACGACAGUCCCACCACCAGCCAUACAGGGUGGCUCAGAGGGCAGCAGCACCACCGCCAACAAUGUGAAGGUGGCCACUGCAGCUGUGGUUGCCGAACUGCAGGCUACAGUUGGUGGAACCGAUGAGGCCCAGGAUGAGGACGAGCAGGAGGAUGAGUUUGAAUCCGAUCGCCGUGUGGGCUUUCAAGUGGAGGGCGAAGAUGAUGACUUCUACAAAAGGCCCCCAAAAUUGCACAGAAGGGACACUCCGCACCACCUGAAGAACAAGCGAGUGCAGCAUUUAACCGACAAGCAGGCCAGCGAGAUCCUGGCCAAUGCCCUGGCCUCCCAGGAGCGCAAUGAUGGCACACCGCAGCACUCGCUGUCCGGCAAGGUGAUCCCCAUCGAGGAGGAGGAGCAGCUGGAGGUGGAGCAGGAGCAGGAGCAGCAGCAGCAGCAUCCCUUCGACUCCUCGCUCUCGCCCAUUCCAGCUGGCAAAGCAGAGGCUGCCACCGACUCAGACAACCUGGAUGGCGUCACGGAGCUGCGCUUGGAGCAGUACGAAAUCCACAUCGAACGCACUGCAGCCGGACUUGGCUUGAGCAUUGCCGGUGGCAAGGGUUCCACGCCCUUCAAGGGCGACGACGAUGGCAUCUUCAUAUCCCGGGUGACCGAGGCAGGACCCGCCGAUCUGGCCGGCCUUAGAGUGGGCGACAAGGUGAUCAAGGUCAAUGGCAUCGUGGUGGUGGAUGCGGAUCACUACCAGGCGGUGCAGGCUAAGGCCUGUGGUGCCGUCCUGGUUUUGGUGGUGCAACGGGAGGUGACCCGCCUGAUUGGACACCCCGUGUUCAGCGAGGAUGGCAGUGUGUCGCAAGUCUCGGUGGAAACGCGACCACUGGUUGCGGGGGCUCCUCCGACUCCCUCUGUCAGCCACGAGCGUUACAUCCCGGCAGCCAUUGAAGUGGUGCCCCAGCAGCAGCAGCAGCAGCUCCAGCAGAUACAACAGCCCAUUCAGCAGGUGGCUCCAGCGCAUAGCUAUUCUGGCAAUGUGUUUGCCACACCCACCACACCCACUGCCGCGCCUGCUGUCGCCCCCAAUGGAUUGCUACUGAAUGGCAGGGAGGCGCCGCUGAGCUAUAUCCAGCUGCACACGACGCUCAUCCGCGAUCAGAUUGGCCAGGGACUGGGAUUCAGCAUUGCGGGCGGCAAGGGUUCGCCGCCCUUCAAGGACGACUGCGAUGGCAUUUUCAUAUCGCGCCUCACGGAGGGCGGCCUGGCGCACCGCGAUGGCAAAAUUAUGGUGGGCGACCGUGUGAUGGCGAUUAACGGCAACGAUAUGACGGAGGCGCAUCAUGACGCGGCCGUCGCCUGUUUGACGGAACCGCAGCGAUUUGUGCGUUUAGUACUGCAGCGCGAGUAUCGAGGUCCUCUGGAACCGCCCACGAGUCCACGCAGUCCGGCCGUGCUCAACUCGCUGAGCCCCUCCGGAUAUCUGGCCAACCGACCAGCUAACUUCAGUCGCUCGGUGGGGGAAGUGGAGCAGCCCUACAAGUACAACACCCUGGCGUCAACCACGCCCACUUAUACUACCACGCCCGUGCCAGCUAGCAUAAGCAACAAUAAUAACACGCUGCCCAGCAGCAAAACCAAUGGAUUUGCAACAGCUGCUGCGGCUUCGGCUGCCCCUUCGGUUGCUGCCUCUUCCGUUGGUGCCACGAUAGACAGUGCCACGGGGCAACCAGUUCCGGCUCCUCGGCGCACCAACUCGGUUCCCUUGGGCGACGGAGACCUUGGAGCGGCCUCCACCACCAGCGGCGAUUCUGGCGAGGCUCAGCCCUCCUCGCUGCGACCGCUGACCAGCGAUGACUUUCAGGCGAUGAUUCCGGCACACUUCCUCAGCGGCGGCAGUCAGCAUCAGGUGCAUGUGGCCCGGCCCAACGAGGUGGGCGUGAGUGCGGUCACCGUGAAUGUGAACAAGCCGCAGCCGGAUCUGCCCAUGUUCCCGGCGGCACCCACCGAACUGGGCCGCGUCACCGAGACGAUCACCAAGUCCACGUUCACGGAGACCGUGAUGACCCGCAUCACCGACAAUCAGUUGGCGGAACCCCUGAUCAGUGAGGAGGUUGUGCUGCCCAAGAACCAGGGCUCCCUGGGAUUCAGCAUCAUCGGCGGAACGGAUCAUUCCUGUGUGCCCUUUGGCACUCGAGAGCCUGGAAUUUUCAUAUCGCACAUUGUGCCCGGCGGGAUUGCCUCCAAGUGCGGCAAGCUGCGCAUGGGAGAUCGCAUAUUGAAAGUCAACGAGGCGGAUGUUUCCAAGGCCACACAUCAGGAUGCCGUUCUGGAGCUGCUGAAGCCAGGUGAUGAUAAGCUGACCAUCCAGCACGAUCCACUGCCGCCAGGAUUCCAGGAAGUGCUGCUCAGCAAGGCUGAGGGCGAACGUCUGGGCAUGCACAUCAAGGGUGGGCUGAAUGGACAGCGCGGUAAUCCUGCCGAUCCCUCCGACGAGGGUGUCUUCGUGUCCAAAAUUAACUCGGUCGGAGCGGCCAGACGGGACGGAAGGCUUAAGGUGGGCAUGCGUCUGCUGGAGGUUAAUGGACACUCGCUGCUGGGCGCCUCGCACCAGGAUGCGGUCAACGUGCUGCGCAACGCCGGCAACGAGAUUCAAUUGGUCGUUUGCAAGGGCUACGACAAGUCCAAUUUAAUUCAUUCCAUUGGCCAGGCCGGCGGCAUGAGCACUGGCUUCAACUCGUCUGCAUCCUGCAGCGGUGGCAGUCGCCAAGGAUCUCGUGCCUCGGAAACGGGCUCGGAACUGAGCCAGAGUCAGAGUGUAUCCAGUCUGGACCACGAGGAGGAUGAGCGACUGCGACAGGACUUUGACGUCUUUGCCUCGCAGAAGCCAGAUGCCCAGCCAACUGGCCAAACGAUCCUGGCCGCCGCUGCCGCCAUGGUGCAUGGCACCACAUCGCCCACUCCCGCUGCUGUGACUGCCACACCCACUCCUGCUCCUGUUGCUGCUCCAGUGGCAUCUGCUGAUUUACCGGCCCAGGACACGCCAGCCACCCAGACCGUGGCGCUCAUUCACGCAGAACAACAGGCCCAUCAACAGCAACAACAGCAGACGCAGCUGGCGCCUUUGGGUCAGGAGAAGAGCACCCAGGAGAAGGUGCUGGAAAUUGUGCGCGCGGCUGACGCCUUCACCACCGUGCCACCAAAGUCGCCGUCGGAGCACCACGAGCAGGACAAGAUACAGAAGACGACGACGGUUGUCAUAUCGAAGCACACGCUCGACACGAAUCCCAGCACCCCCACAACGCCGGCGGCACCUCUGCCCAUCGCCGGAUCUGCUGAGUCAGCGAACUCUGCUCCUGCUCCUGCAUCCUCGCCAGGUUCGGGGCCAGUGCUUCCUGCCGCCACCGUGCAGACACAGACGCAAACGACCUCUGAGGGCAGAGAUGGCGAGGAGCAGUCGCAACUACAGUCAACACCUGGAGCUGCUGCUGCAGAGCCCACAUCAACACCGAGUAAAGUGCCUAAAUCGGUUUCCGAUAAAAAACGCUUCUUUGAGUCAGCCAUGGAGGAUCAACACAGGCCCACACAAAAGACAGACAAAGUUUUCUCAUUCCUGUCAAAGGAUGAAGUGGAAAAGCUGCGACAGGAGGAGGAGAGGAAAAUUGCAACAUUGCGCCGUGAUAAGAAUUCCAGAUUACUGGAUGCCGCCAACGACAACAUUGACAAGAAGGAUGCCGCGGAGAAGAGGAGCCAUGGCAACAGCAGCGGCGAGGAUAAUGAUGACAGCGACCAGGAGGAGGAGGCGGAGGAUUCUGUUGACAACGCCGCUCUGGGGCACUUAACUGAUGCGGAGGACAUGAGAACCGCACAAGAAAGUCUGGCGCAGACAUUGCCACAUGCCCCCAGCAAAAUACCCAAGCAGAAGAAGAGACCCAUUGAGGCGGAGACUGUUGAUCCACCCAAGCCCUCCCUGCUGCCCAAGCCAAAGGUCAAGGUGGUCAUUCCACGACUGCAGCAGCGGCUUAAGAAGCAGCAGGAGCAGCAAAAACAGCCAACCCAGCCCGAAGAGCCCUCGAUUCCGGAGGAGGAACCUCAUCAGCAGCCGGACUCAUCCUCCUCCCCGCCCGCAGGAGGCAGCAGGAUACCCAUAAGAACCCUGAAGGCCGAACGCCGCGCCCUGGCCUCGGCUGCCCGCCAAUCCGGACUCAGGGUGGAGGAGUAUCUGCGGCAACUGGAGGCGCAGGAUGACAAAGGGUCCCCCACUCCGCCCACCACACCAACUACUCCAACUACGCCCACUGGCAAGAGCCGUUCCAUGAUUAAUGCUGAGAAGCGCGCCUCUUGGCGGGCAGCUCGUCUUCGAUCACUGGAACAGGGGGCCGUGGAGGCCCAGGAUGUGAUCAAGAACAUGCGCAAGAUGACCGACGAUCUUAUCACCCACGAAUCCAAGGCCAGCGAGGCCCGGCCGAAAAUAGUCUUUCCAAAAAUUGCCAUAAAAUCGAGCGAUGGUCCAGUCAUUGUGCGCGAACGCGAGAAAAUACUCGAUGAGAAGAUUGUGCGCCGCACUGAGGAGGUGGCAUGCCCCAUUACGGGGCGACCUCAACUGCGCACCGUCGAGUACAUUGAGAAAAUCAUCGAGACGGAGGUGGAGACCUGCAAGGAGCGCAUCAUAUCCUUGGAGCUGCAGGUGCCCGAAGCGGAGGACGAGGUCAGGCUAGAUGACACGCAACCGCCGCUGGAACUGCAGGCAGAUGACUUCCAGGACGAGGAGGAUGAGGACGAGGAUGAGGAAGAUGACGAUGAAGACGACUAUGAGGAUGAGGAUGAGGAGGAGGAGGACACAGCCUCUAUAGUCACCGUGCAGGCCAACAAUGAGAAGCUGUUCCUGCGCCACGACUCCGAUCCCUAUGGCCCCUCGUCCAUUGAAAGCGUGGCAUCCGGCAAGGUGCGCAUGAAGCCCACUCCAUUGUCGCUGCACCAAACCCUGGCCAAGGAGACCACCAUUGUGGAGGUCUUGAAUCCCGUGAUUGGAGGCGACGGCAGUGCCCGCACCAUCCAUGUGAGCGGUGUGCCCUUCGACGAGGACGAGGACUUCGAGCAGGGCGCCAUGGCCGUCCUUCGCAGCGAAACUUUCGUCCUGCCAGGAGCCGCCGGCGGUGGCAGGUCUGAGCUGUCAUUAAAUGCUAAAAUGAAAACCGUGCUCGAGGAGCUGCUGGAGAACGAGCGCGUCAAAUUGAAUUUGCAAAAGAGCCUCGAGGAGGAUGAGCACGGGGAUGAGGAUGAGGAGGAUGGCAGUGCCUAUGGCGACGCGCGGGACGACGAGGAGAGCGCCUACGGCGAUGCCAUCGACGAUGUGGUUGACUUUGGUCGACCAGCUGCUAAUGACCACGAUGAUGCCAAGAACGGCAAUCAGCAGCUGCUCGAGGAGCUGAUUAAGGAUAGCAACCGCAACACAAUCAUUGCCAAACUGGCGGGCCAAUUGUCGGACGAUGAUGAGGAGGACGACGACGAGGAGGAGGAGGAGGAGGAGAGCAGUGACUCCUCCGACGAGGAUAGCGAUGACUCCGACGAGGAGGACAAUGCCCAAGAGCAGCUGAAUGUCACCUAUGUGCAGGGCGCCCAGGUGAUCGAGAAUCUCAAUACCCUAGCCACCGGUAGCAAGCUACAAAAGUCGCAGACCUAUACAACCAUCAAGGAGGCGACUGACGAGGAGGAGGAGGAGGAGGAGGAGGAGCAGCCCAAGGAGGACACCAAGCUGGAGGAGGCACCUGCCUGUGGCUCUGAUACCUUGGCCCAGCUGCAGGCCGAGCAACGCGCCCUGGCCGAGAUCUCAAAGCAGCUGCGCAAGUCUGUGGAGGAUUUGCUCAGCGCCGAAGGCGAUACAGUGGUGGAGACCCAAAGGACCUACACCUUGCCCGCUCCCAGCGACAGUGCAUCCGUGGUCACCGUCACCGAGGUGGUCAAGAAGCAGAAGAAAAAGAAGGUGGGUGAAUCUGGAGAGGAACUUAAUCGCCUGCUUAGUGCCGGGGAAUCGGAACGUCAGGUCUUCGACCGACAGCAGGGCGAGACCAUAACGACCACCACCACGACCACAGAGGCUGUGAGCUCCGAGGACAACGAGCCGAGCACCAGUGUGGUGACCACCACGCGGACCGUGUCCAACAUUGUGACGAGCGGAAUUCCCAGGCCGGAAUCCAGCAAGCAGAACAACCGCAGCAGCAGCAGCAGAGCCAACAAUAACCGCAACAAGAACAAGCGGAAGGGCAAAAAGAAGUAGAUGAUGGAGGAGAGGGGAUUUCCGGUUAGCAGCUGGAAGGAAAUGGGCCAAAGUGUUGAAGUUGCGUAUACGCCGAGUGGUGGGUAUGGGUUGGCUAUGAGUAUAUGUGAUCCAAGCGAAUCCUGAUUACACGCACAACCUCCCGCACAAAAAACACCGACUCAAAACCAUCCACUCAGACAUAUCAGCGUGUAGAGGGCUCGCUGUCAUCAUUUAUAUAUAUUCUAUACAUAACAAUCUACCACUAAUUGUAUACAUAUGUAUAUUAUGUAUGUACGAUAUUACGAUAUUCGCAUAUGUAUUGAUAAUUUUAAUUAAUUGUGCAAAUAACGUGUCCCCUGCAUUUACAGCAACCCAUUUGUUACUAAUCAUGAGAGUGUACAUGCAUUAAAACAAAAUAUUUUCAUUGCAAAUUAAAAACAAAUCGAAUCGAAUCGCGCAACGAGAGAUUGCAAGAAUUUAUUGGUAAAUUGUAAAUUUAAUGUUGUGCAGCAACCACAAAGAAACGACAACAACACACAAAUCGCCCAUCAGAAUUGAAUUAAUACGAAAGCAGCUCCAGAACGGGAGAAAAAAAAUAACAAAAAUCUUAUUUAAUUGAAUUAAAUAAUUUCACUUUGUUUGCAUUUAACUAUCAUUUGCAUACACAGCAUCUGGUUUUCUCCCUCCAUUCUUUUUUUUGAUAAUUUCCAAUGGGCAUUGCUUAUUUUCCGCAAAUUAAAUUUACGUUUUAUGUUCUAGCACAAAAAGUAGGAGCCAUUGCAGCCGGCGGAAGUAUUCACGAUGAGAUCCUUUACGAACCAUCUAUAAACUUUAAGCAUUCCCGACUGCCCGCGUUUUUUGGGCCUACUCUUCUUAGUUUUUAGCCCUAAGCAAAAACUAACCAUAAACUAAAUUCGAAACGAGCGAAAAAAGCGAUGAGAAAAAAUAAUUAAAUUAUCAUAAAUAAUAAUAGUUAGCAGUGUGUAAGAGCGUCCAGUUGUAAUCCGUAGUUUGUAACACAAGGCAUAAGCACAACUAUGACAAAUGUCCUAUGGCGAUUGCGAUUUCAGUUUCCACUUUUAUACAAAUGUAAAAAUAUUUACAAGCAAUUUUAUGUAAUACCUAUAUGAUAUCUAGUGUGUAAAUUUGACUUUUUAUGAAAAAGGAAAGCAACCGCUGAACGCAAAACGAAUGAAAAUAAACAAAAUGUAUGCAUUUUUAUUUAAAAAGAAAACAACAA